GCGUCUUACAGUGCAGGUGGUGUAAACAAAUUUAAGACGAAACAUGGACUUAACAUUAAUGAAUCGAACCCUUACAACAGGCAUUUGAAAAUGAAGCUCCGUCCCGGGCAAGUGUGUUUCGAUGGUAUGCCGAAUAUAAAAGAAGGCGCGUUUCAUAGGCUGAUGAAGAACGUAGUGGUAGGCCAUGUUCUAGUGUGACUCCAGAAAACACGGCUAAGGUUCAGCGGCUAAUUGAAGAAGAUUCUCGCUGCACACAUGCGACU